CUCAUUUAAGGGCUGACUGUCGUGGGGGAGGGUUCUCUGGUUACAGUUCUCUCUUUGCUUGUGGAGUUUUCCCUGUGAGCCUAAGUCUUCAGAAUCUGGUCUUGCUAUUCUCUCUAGUAGUAAGAAGCUACUGCUGCAAGGAAGCCAUACUGGAGCAUGAGAAUUACUAUGUGAAUAGUCACCAGUCUUGAAGAGAGAAGAAGAGACAACUGACUCAACAGAGAAAUCCAAACACCCCUCUGUGAAGUGUUUCUGGAGUUUAUCCCCUGCUGAAAGCCUCCUCUAAGGCAAAACUCAAAAUCCAGAGGAAGAGGUUGCAAUCUGCAAGAAGCUGAUUCUUUUUUGCUUUUCAUUUUCAAGUGGAUUAAGAAGUCUCUCACCCGGUGAGCUGUAGACAUCGCCCAGUACGAUUGCAACACAGCAGAACAGAGAGCACUGCCGAUCUCCCCUUUCAGUGAUAGUGACUGAUCCCUACCAUAAGAGUGGCUUUUCUGAAAACAUUUGACCUGACGCAGAAUAAUGGAUAUAAAAGAUCGAAGACACCGCUCUUUGACAAGGGGACGGUGUGGGAAGGAAUGUCGCUACACUAGUUCUUCACUGGACAGUGAAGACUGCAGAGUACCAACUCAGAAGUCCUACAGCUCAAGUGAGACUCUGAAAGCAUAUGAUCAUGACACGAGGAUGCACUAUGGAAACCGAGUUUCAGACCUGGUUCACAGGGAGUCGGAUGAGUUUCCAAGGCAAGAAUAUAUCAGCAAUCCUAUAUAUGCCUCGGUUAUGGAUAAAGAUGUGCAUAGUGACAGUGGAACAAACUUCACCCUCGCAGAGCUGGGAAUCUGUGAGCCCUCUCCCCAUCGAAGUGGCUACUGCUCGGACAUAGGAAUACUCCAUCAAGGCUAUUCCUUGAGCACUGGCUCUGAUGCUGACUCAGACACGGAGGGAGGGAUGUCUCCAGAGCAUGCAAUCAGGCUGUGGGGAAGAGGGAUCAAAUCCAGGCGAAGUUCUGGUCUGUCAAGUCGUGAAAACUCGGCUCUCACCCUCACCGACUCCGACAAUGAGAACAAGUCAGAUGAGGAAAACGAUUUUCACACACACCUUUCUGAGAAAUUGAAAGACAGACAGACAAGCUGGCAGCAGCUGGCUGAGACAAAGAACUCUCUAAUACGUCGUCCCAUUCCACCUACAUCCUCGUCUAGCCUUCUCCCAUCUGCUCAGCUGCCCAGUUCUCAUAAUCCUCCACCAGUUAGCUGCCAGAUGCCAUUGCUAGACAGCAAUACGUCCCAUCAAAUCAUGGACACCAAUCCUGAUGAGGAGUUCUCUCCUAAUUCAUACCUACUAAGAGCAUGUUCAGGGCCACAGCAGGCAUCCAGCAGUGGCCCUUCAAACCAUCACAGCCAGUCAACGCUGAGGCCACCUCUCCCCCCUCCUCACAACCACUCACUGUCCCACCAUCACUCGUCUGCCAACUCCCUCAACAGGAACUCACUCACCAACCGCCGCAACCAGAUCCACGCACCUGCUCCCGCUCCCAAUGACCUUGCGACCACACCGGAGUCUGUGCAGCUGCAGGACAGCUGGGUGCUCAACAGCAACGUGCCGCUGGAGACCAGGCAUUUCUUGUUUAAGACAUCUUCUGGAACGACGCCGCUGUUCAGUAGCUCUUCCCCUGGCUACCCACUGACCUCAGGAACAGUUUAUACUCCACCUCCCAGGCUGUUACCUAGAAAUACAUUUUCCAGGAAUGCAUUCAAGCUGAAAAAGCCCUCCAAGUAUUGUAGCUGGAAAUGUGCUGCUUUAUCUGCAAUUGCUGCUGCAGUCCUGCUUGCCAUCCUGCUAGCCUAUUUCAUAGCGAUGCACCUCCUGGGGCUGAACUGGCAGCUGCAGCCCGCGGACGGACACACCUUCAGCAACGGGCUGCGGCCGGGCGCGGCGGGCGCGGAGGACGGAGCGGCGGCGCCACCUGCAGGCAGAGGACCGUGGGUCACUAGGAAUAGCAGCAUAGAUAGUGGGGAAACAGAAGUUGGCCGCAAGGUCACCCAGGAAGUGCCCCCUGGAGUUUUUUGGAGGUCUCAGAUCCAUAUCAGCCAGCCACAGUUCCUGAAGUUCAACAUAUCCCUGGGGAAGGAUGCUCUUUUUGGUGUUUAUAUAAGAAGAGGACUCCCACCAUCGCAUGCACAGUAUGAUUUCAUGGAACGCUUGGAUGGGAAAGAGAAAUGGAGUGUGGUGGAAUCCCCACGGGAACGGCGAAGCAUUCAGACUCUUGUUCAGAAUGAAGCUGUGUUUGUUCAGUACUUGGAUGUGGGUUUGUGGCACCUGGCGUUUUACAAUGAUGGCAAGGACAAAGAAGUAGUCUCCUUCAGUACAGUUAUUUUGGAUUCAGUGCAAGACUGUCCACGUAAUUGUCAUGGCAAUGGCGAGUGUGUUUCUGGUGUCUGCCACUGUUUUCCUGGAUUUCAUGGAGCAGAUUGUGCUAAAGGACGGCGCCACUUUAAUAAGUAUAAAAAGAAGGCUGCCUGCCCAGUGCUGUGCAGUGGCAAUGGUCAGUACUCUAAAGGAACCUGCUUAUGCUACAGUGGCUGGAAAGGUCCAGAAUGUGAUGUACCCAUCAGCCAGUGUAUUGAUCCCUCGUGUGGAGGUCAUGGUUCCUGCAUCGAAGGGAACUGUGUCUGUUCUGUUGGCUAUAAAGGAGAAAACUGUGAAGAAGUUGAUUGCUUAGAUCCAACAUGCUCCAAUCACGGAGUCUGUGUGAACGGAGAAUGUCUCUGCAGCCCAGGCUGGGGUGGAAUAAACUGUGAGCUUCCCAGAGCCCAGUGUCCAGACCAGUGCAGUGGGCACGGCACAUACCUGUCUGACACCGGCCUGUGUAGCUGUGAUCCCAACUGGAUGGGUCCUGACUGCUCCGUUGAAGUGUGCUCUGUAGACUGUGGCACCCAUGGGGUGUGCAUUGGCGGAGCAUGUCGCUGUGAAGAAGGGUGGACAGGAGAAGCGUGUGACCAGCGUGUGUGCCAUCCCCGUUGUACAGAGCACGGAACUUGUAAAGAUGGGAAAUGUGAAUGCAGAGAGGGCUGGAAUGGGGAGCACUGCACCAUUGAUGGCUGCCCUGACUUGUGCAAUGGCAAUGGGAGGUGCACACUGGGCCAGAACAGCUGGCAGUGUGUUUGCCAGACCGGCUGGAGAGGGCCUGGAUGCAACGUUGCCAUGGAAACCUCCUGUGCCGAUAACAAGGAUAACGAGGGAGAUGGCUUGGUUGACUGCCUAGACCCAGAUUGCUGCCUCCAGUCUACUUGUCAAAACAGCCUGCUCUGCCGGGGUUCCCGUGAUCCUCUUGACAUCAUACAACAGAGCCAUUCUGGUUCACCAGCUGUGAAGUCAUUCUAUGAUCGAAUCAAGCUCUUAGUGGGGAAGGACAGCACUCAUAUCAUUCCAGGAGAAAAUCCCUUCAACAGCAGUCUUGUGUCUCUUAUAAGAGGCCAAGUGGUGACUACAGAUGGAACGCCUCUAGUUGGGGUCAACGUGUCCUUUGUCAAGUAUCCAAAGUAUGGCUAUACCAUCACUCGUCAGGAUGGCAUGUUUGACUUGGUUGCGAAUGGUGGAUCAUCCCUAACUUUGCACUUUGAACGGGCCCCAUUUAUGACUCAGGAAAGAACAGUAUGGCUGCCUUGGAACAGCUUCUAUGCCAUGGACACACUUGUAAUGAAGACAGAGGAGAACUCCAUUCCCAGCUGUGAUCUCAGUGGCUUUGUCAGACCUGAUCCAGUCAUCAUUUCAUCACCACUGUCAACUUUCUUCAGUGAUGCUCCUGGCCGAAAUCCCAUUGUACCAGAAACCCAGGUUCUUCAUGAAGAAAUGGAGAUCCCCGGCACAAGUAUAAAGCUGAUCUACCUGAGUUCCCGUACUGCUGGAUAUAAAUCCUUACUUAAGAUCAUCAUGACUCAGUCACUUGUGCCACUGAAUCUAAUCAAAGUUCAUUUGAUGGUAGCAGUAGAAGGGCAUCUAUUUCAAAAAUCAUUUCAGGCAUCCCCCAACUUGGCUUAUACAUUUAUCUGGGACAAAACAGAUGCAUAUGGUCAGAAGGUUUAUGGGUUGUCAGAUGCUGUAGUUUCUGUGGGUUUUGAAUAUGAGACUUGUCCCAGUUUGAUUCUGUGGGAGAAAAGGACCGCGCUACUGCAAGGAUUUGAACUAGAUCCUUCAAAUCUAGGAGGAUGGUCUUUGGAUAAACACCAUGUACUUAAUGUCAAGAGUGGUAUAUUGCACAAAGGCAAUGGAGAAAAUCAGUUUCUAAAUCAGCAGCCAGCUGUGAUAACCAGCAUUAUGGGGAAUGGGCGCCGAAGAAGCAUAUCCUGUCCUAGCUGCAAUGGUCUUGCAGAAGGAAAUAAGCUUUUGGCCCCUGUAGCACUGGCAGUGGGAAUUGAUGGAAGUCUCUUUGUUGGAGAUUUUAAUUACAUUCGGCGUAUCUUCCCAUCCAGGAAUGUUACUAGCAUACUGGAGCUGAGAAAUAAAGAGUUUAAACAUAGCAACAAUCCUGCUCACAAAUACUAUCUGGCCGUGGACCCUGUUUCGGGCUCCCUGUACGUAUCAGACACCAACAGCCGACGGAUAUACAAAGUCAAAUCUCUCACUGGCACGAAAGACCUGGCUGGUAAUUCUGAAGUGGUGGCGGGGACUGGAGAGCAAUGCCUGCCCUUUGACGAAGCCAGAUGUGGAGAUGGAGGGAAAGCAGUGGACGCAACCCUAAUGAGUCCUCGAGGAAUUGCAGUGGAUAAGUAUGGACUCAUGUAUUUUGUUGAUGCCACUAUGAUUCGAAAAGUGGAUCAGAAUGGAAUUAUAUCAACUCUGCUGGGCUCCAAUGACCUAACUGCUGUACGACCUCUGAGCUGUGAUUCCAGCAUGGAUGUCAGCCAGGUACGGCUGGAGUGGCCUACUGAUCUCGCUGUCAAUCCCAUGGACAACUCACUUUAUGUCCUAGAGAACAAUGUUAUUUUACGGAUCACAGAAAACCAUCAAGUUAGCAUUAUUGCUGGACGCCCCAUGCACUGCCAGGUUCCUGGUAUAGACUACUCUCUUAGCAAACUGGCUAUUCAUUCUGCACUUGAAUCAGCCAGUGCCAUUGCCAUCUCACACACAGGAGUUCUUUACAUCAGUGAGACAGAUGAAAAAAAAAUUAAUCGGCUACGCCAGGUAACUACCAAUGGAGAAAUAUGCCUUCUUGCAGGGGCAGCUUCAGACUGUGAUUGCAAAAAUGAUGUCAACUGUAAUUGCUAUUCUGGGGAUGAUGGGUAUGCCACUGAUGCCAUCUUAAAUUCACCAUCUUCCUUAGCUGUGGCCCCAGAUGGUACCAUCUACAUAGCUGAUCUCGGAAAUAUCCGCAUUAGGGCUGUCAGUAAAAACAGGCCCAUUCUUAAUUCUUUUAACCAAUAUGAAGCUGCAUCUCCAGGAGAACAGGAGCUGUAUGUCUUCAAUGCUGAUGGGAUUCACCAGUACACUCUCAGCCUUGUUACCGGGGAGUACUUGUACAAUUUCACCUAUAGCAGCGAUAACGAUGUCACGGAGGUGAUGGACAGCAAUGGCAACUCCUUGAAGGUCCGUCGGGAUGCCAGUGGAAUGCCCCGCCAUUUACUGAUGCCUGAUAAUCAGAUUGUCACGCUGGCUGUUGGCACUAAUGGUGGACUCAAACUAGUCUCAACGCAGACCCUGGAACUUGGAUUAAUGACUUAUAAUGGAAACAGUGGUCUCUUAGCAACGAAGAGUGAUGAAACAGGAUGGACAACAUUUUAUGACUAUGAUCAUGAAGGGCGCCUGACCAAUGUAACACGUCCCACUGGAGUGGUAACUAGCCUUCAUCGAGAAAUGGAAAAGUCUAUUACCAUCGACAUUGAGAAUUCUAAUCGGGAUGAUGAUGUCACGGUCAUCACAAAUCUCUCCUCUGUGGAGGCUUCCUAUACAGUUGUUCAAGAUCAAGUGAGGAACAGCUACCAGCUCUGUAAUAAUGGUACUUUGAGAGUGAUGUAUGCCAAUGGCAUGAGUAUUAGCUUUCACAGCGAACCUCAUGUCCUGGCUGGGACAGUAACUCCCACCAUAGGACGAUGUAAUAUUUCUCUACCAAUGGAGAAUGGUUUGAACUCAAUUGAAUGGCGUCUGAGGAAAGAACAGAUUAAAGGCAAAGUGACUGUGUUUGGAAGAAAGCUCAGGGUUCAUGGAAGGAAUUUACUGUCCAUUGAUUACGACCGGAAUAUACGCACUGAAAAAAUCUACGAUGAUCACCGCAAGUUUACCCUGAGGAUAAUUUACGAUCAGCUGGGACGGCCCUUCCUCUGGCUGCCCAGCAGCGGCCUGGCUGCUGUCAACGUGUCCUAUUUCUUCAACGGGCGCCUGGCGGGGCUUCAGCGCGGAGCCAUGAGUGAAAGGACAGACAUCGACAAGCAAGGCAGGAUCAUAUCGCGCAUGUUUGCAGAUGGGAAGGUUUGGAGUUACACCUACCUAGAAAAAUCAAUGGUACUACUGCUUCAGAGCCAGCGGCAGUACAUCUUUGAGUAUGAUUCUUCAGACCGGCUCCAUGCUGUUACUAUGCCUAGUGUUGCUCGGCAUAGCAUGUCAACUCACACGUCUGUUGGCUACAUUAGGAAUAUUUAUAAUCCUCCUGAAAGCAACGCAUCAGUGAUUUUUGAUUACAGUGAUGAUGGGAGGAUUUUGAAAACAUCAUUUUUAGGUACUGGUCGACAAGUCUUUUACAAGUAUGGAAAGCUAUCCAAAUUAUCCGAAAUUGUUUAUGACAGUACUGCGGUUACUUUUGGAUACGAUGAAACUACAGGCGUCCUAAAAAUGGUGAAUUUGCAAAGUGGAGGAUUUUCUUGUACAAUCCGCUAUCGUAAAAUUGGCCCUCUUGUGGACAAACAAAUCUACAGAUUCUCUGAAGAAGGUAUGGUCAAUGCAAGGUUUGAUUACACAUAUCAUGACAAUAGUUUUCGAAUUGCAAGCAUCAAACCCAUCAUAAGUGAGACACCUCUUCCAGUUGAUCUUUACCGUUAUGAUGAGAUUUCUGGCAAAGUUGAGCAUUUUGGCAAAUUUGGAGUUAUUUAUUAUGAUAUAAAUCAAAUUAUUACUACAGCAGUUAUGACACUGAGUAAGCACUUUGAUACCCACGGACGCAUUAAAGAAGUGCAAUAUGAAAUGUUCCGAUCCCUGAUGUACUGGAUGACUGUGCAAUAUGACAGCAUGGGAAGAGUAACUAAAAGAGAACUGAAACUUGGGCCAUACGCUAACACAACCAAGUAUACCUAUGAUUAUGAUGGAGAUGGGCAAUUACAAAGCGUAGCAGUAAAUGAUAGGCCUACCUGGCGCUACAGUUAUGACCUAAAUGGAAAUCUUCACCUCCUGAAUCCUGGAAACAGUGUUCGAUUGAUGCCCCUGCGCUACGACCUAAGAGACAGGAUUACACGCUUAGGUGACAUACCAUACAAAAUAGAUGAUGAUGGAUUCUUGUGUCAACGAGGCUCGGAUGUAUUUGAGUACAAUUCCAAGGGACUUUUAACAAGAGCUUACAACAAAGCAAAUGGGUGGAACGUUCAGUACCGCUAUGAUGGACUUGGCCGAAGGGCUUCCUGUAAGACUAACCUAGGGCACCAUCUGCAAUACUUUUACGCUGAUCUUCACAAUCCAACAAGAGUAACACAUGUCUACAAUCAUUCCAAUUCAGAAAUUACCUCUUUGUAUUAUGAUCUGCAAGGCCACCUCUUUGCAAUGGAGAGCAGCAGUGGGGAAGAAUAUUACGUCGCCUCCGAUAACACAGGCACUCCAUUAGCCGUAUUCAGCAUCAAUGGCCUCAUGAUCAAACAGCUUCAGUACACUGCAUAUGGGGAGAUUUAUUAUGACUCAAACCCUGAUUUCCAGCUGGUUAUUGGGUUCCAUGGAGGGCUGUAUGAUCCUUUAACCAAACUCGUUCAUUUUACCCAAAGGGACUACGAUGUCCUUGCUGGACGCUGGACAUCUCCUGAUUACACAAUGUGGAAAAACAUUGGUAGAGAACCUGCUCCUUUCAAUUUGUACAUGUUCAAGAGUAACAACCCUCUUAGCAAUGAACUGGAUCUAAAGAAUUAUGUAACAGAUGUCAAAAGCUGGUUGGUGAUGUUCGGAUUUCAGCUUAGCAACAUUAUUCCUGGUUUCCCUAGAGCAAAAAUGUACUUUGUGUCACCGCCGUAUGAGUUGACUGAGAGUCAAGCGUGUGAAAACGGACAGCUAAUUACAGGAGUCCAGCAGACAACAGAAAGACACAAUCAAGCUUUCAUGGCUCUUGAGGGACAGGUCAUAUCUAAAAAAUUACAUGCCAGUAUUAGAGAAAAAGCAGGCCACUGGUUUGCAACAAGCACUCCUAUUAUUGGGAAAGGAAUCAUGUUUGCUGUGAAGGAAGGCCGUGUAACCACUGGCAUUUCCAGCAUAGCCACAGACGAUAGCAGAAAAAUUGCCUCUGUCCUUAACAGUGCUCACUACCUGGAAAAAAUGCACUACAGCAUCGAGGGGAAGGAUACUCACUACUUUGUCAAGAUAGGCUCAGCCGAUAGCGACCUCGUCACCCUCGCGAUGACCAGCGGGAGGAAGGUCCUGGACAGCGGCGUAAACGUGACCGUCUCCCAGCCAACCCUCCUUAUCAAUGGAAGGACUCGACGGUUCACAAACAUCGAGUUCCAGCAUUCCACCCUGCUGAUCAACAUCCGCUACGGGCUCACCGCCGACACACUGGAUGAGGAAAAGGCACGAGUGCUAGACCAGGCUCGGCAGCGAGCCCUGGGGUCGGCCUGGGCCAAAGAGCAGCAGAAGGCACGGGACGGCCGCGAGGGCAGCCGCGUAUGGACAGACGGAGAGAAGCAACAGCUUCUGAACACGGGAAGGGUUCAAGGUUACGAGGGAUAUUAUGUCCUGCCUGUGGAGCAGUACCCAGAGCUAGCAGACAGUAGCAGCAACAUCCAGUUUUUAAGACAGAAUGAAAUGGGAAAGAGGUAACAAAUUAAACUGCUGUCAUCCUCUGAUGGAUGAAUCAGUAGUCAUAACUGUUAUCUCCUCUCCUAAGGAGAUGAAGACCUACAUGGGGGCACUAGGCUGAGCUACUUUGGGAUAGCAAGUGGCAGAAAAGCUCAUAUUUUUUGAGUUAAAUGCUACUGUUCAAGUGAUUAAAAACCACAUCCUGAAGUGGACUAAAGCCUGACUGAAAACUCUAACCAUACAAAUUUAAAAGUACCCCUGAAAUAUUACCCACUUGUUCUGGGUCUAAAGAAAAAUAAAAAGAAGGCCUCGUAUUGUAUUACCUCACUCCAUUCACACGUGAGCAAACUAAGAAAUCCAAGUGGGCCACUUUCACUAACCAGCUGAUGAAACACAAACAAUUCAGACUGCUUGUUUGAUAAAUAUCCAAGAGGUUUUCAUUUAAAGCAAAAUACAGGUGCAUUUAAAACAUGACUUUGGGGUGAUUUGUGUGUAGCAAUUGGAGGAAAAGGAGAACGCAAGUGAGAGCACACUGGAAAUAGUAAAGGAAACUAUAUUUAAAAUAACAAAACCGCACUUGCACUCUGACCCUCCAUUUGUCUGGCCUGAAGCUUAACUUAUUCAAAGAGGGCAGAGUGUAAAGUUACAUACAAAAUGGUGGCUAUAAAUCACUACAAAUAAAUUUCAUACUCUGUUUGUCUUUGAAGAUUUCCAUUGUGGACAGUAUAACACAGUUACAGGGUGUAGUCUGUUUAGAUUCAGUAGUUUGUUGGUAUCAGUUCCAGUAGAGCUGUGGGCAUUGUGUUACACUAUUGCAAAUGGGCACCACGUCAGAUCACCCUGUACAUACAUCAGCCAGAAGGCACAAUCACUGUUUCAGAUUUAAAAAUUAUUAGUGUGUUUGUUUGGUCGAGAAACUGAGACAAUCACAUUACAGUCACCGCAAAAGAAAAAAAAAAAAAGUCUAACAAGAACUUUGGUACAAGAACUUUUUUGUAAUAUACAUGUAUGAAUUGUUCAUUGAGUUUUUAUAUUAAUUUUAAUUUGCUGCUAAGCAAAGACUAGAGACAGGCAAAGAUAAUUUAUGGCAAAGUGUUUAAAUUGUUUAUACAUAAAUAAAGUCUCUAAAACUCCUGUGAAUUAUUGGUCUUCUAUUGUGAAAUCUCUGAAAAUGAGAAAAAUCUUAGUGUGCCACUGUCAUCUCGUGUACAGCAUCCAAUAUGUAGAAAUGAUCACUGUACCAUGGAUUCUGCAGAGGGGUGUUCCUUUGAUCUCUGGGUAAGCAAAGUCUUACAUAAGCAUCACCUGUUUAUGACAACAAAAUAAUUUGUAAAUGCUCCUAUCAACUCUCUCUGCAUCUCAUGACUAGUAACCCUCAGAUCGCCACCUUACAAUCCUGAAAUUAGUUUAAUUGCACCAAAGAAACUUCCAGACUGUUUGAAAAUGCAGUAACAUGGUAUUAAAUGGAAGACGGAAGGACUUGCUGUGAGCCCCGGAGCCCCCGUGCAAUCUGUCUUCUUUGUGAGAUUGCUUAUUUCUACCGCAUUUACAAAUGGGAGGUAAGAUCAAAGACCCUCUCCUGAGCUAACAGUCGCUCUUGAUGAUGUUAAAAGGGAGCCAUGCAUCAGCGAGAGCCCUGCUGCUUUUAUCUCGUUUAAGUAUGUAGUCAGAAAGCUCCACUUAAUUUUGAGAGCAGUCUUGCUUUUGGGGUUGCAGAUGAGGUUUUUAAUGAUUUAUGGUAUCAGCAGAGAUGUUUGAAUUGAUUACAGGCGUUAAUUCACUCCAGGGCUCGUUUAAAGCAGAACAGCUUGGUGGCUGUUCUGUGCAGCACCUAUCGCACUCAGAGCCCAUCUGAGUUUUGCUGAGCAAACAGAACACAUCCUGUUCUGAUUGCAGUGUUGCACCUGUGUGCUCCCGCUGUGCACUGCAUGUGCCAGAACUCCAGGCCCUGUUCUCUCAGAAGGAUGAAUCCGGGUACAUUUCCAGAGAAAGUCCUAUACGUCCCUCACUGCAGAUGUUACUCUGUGCUGAUAGAUGUGAAGUGCUGUUAUCAGACUUGUCUAGAAGUGAAACUUAUUAAAGAAGUGAAAUAUUAGGUGGGUAUUCAUGGAGCUUACUUUGUUAUUACUUUUGGUGUAAACUUAAACCGUGAAAUCACAAGGUGGAAGCACUUCUCACUGUCACGGUUUUCCUGAAUGCUCUGAUCUGUACUGGUGAGCUUUUUAGGUCAUUUUUUUAAAAUAGAAGUUUUCUUGCAGCUGAGAGGCUGGAUAUGAGAAUUUGCUGCACAGUCUUGUGUUUCCUUUGUUCUCUUACCAGUGUCCUAAAGCUGAAACUGUUCAGACUUAAUUUUGCUACUUCUCUUUAUCCUCUGCAGAAGGAAACAAGUGAAACACCACUUCUGAUAUUACUUCCUGGGGACAGAUUUGCAGGGGAAGAACUCAGAAGGACAAGUUCCUCUGCAAAUACAGGCAUCAUCAGGGUACUCUUAAACAACUUUUGGACCUGGUUCAGUCACAUAGUUAAUACUCAGAGACCAUUUAUCCCCAUCCGUGAAUGGUUUCCAAAGCACAGGUCCCUAGCAACACAUUUGAGCUCCUAGAUGCAAACAGCUUGUGCUGGAGGUCAUUCCCCUGAGCCCUGUGUGCAGCACGCAGCUCAGCACCCACGGUAAGCUCCUGGUGGCACAGCGCUGCCAGACUCCCUGCAGGAGAGCUGUGUGCGGGGACCUGCAGGAGGUCACGUGCUGCCAAUGGUUCCGUUUCCACACGUCCUGUUCCCAGAACCUCUGCAGCACUUGUUCAAAAUCCAUAUCAGGCAUAAAUAAAUUAGGCUUCUCCUUAUUUUGUUUGUUAAGAUACGCGUAGUGUCCUGACCUCUCCUGAGAACUGUUCUGAGGCCGAAGUCAGGCUUCUGCUGCAGAGUUCGAGCUGAGAACUGAAAAAGCAAUACGGAAAUUGAAAGCACCAUGGGAGAGAGUUGUUUGGAGUUUUGGAGAGAGGCAAGAGAACGUAGCCAGUGUAUGAACCCUCAGCAAAUACGAUUUACAAUGGAAGUGUCAGCUCGAUCAUUAUGAGUACAGAAGGUGGCAGAUAACAUACCAUAAUGCUGCCUGUGCUGUUACAGCAGCUCAGCAGCAUAUUGCUAUUGGAGAAACCAUAUCUACAGAAGUUUUAUAUCCUUAGACGACAGCUCCUGGCAGGUUCUAGCCUAAUUUUGUAAUUGAGUAUGGAAAUCUGCUGGAAUCAUGCUGGAUGCAGCCCAGGUCUCUUUGCUGUUGCAAAUAGGCACACAUAGUGUGCUUCAUCAAGUGAAGAACACAUAUAAAUGAAAAUAGAAUUUCAAGAAGCAUCACCUAAUGCUAUAAAUCAGUACUAUCAGAAAAACCAGGCCUUUCCAUCAGUUAAAAAUUCAUAUCAGAAGUAGGAAGGAGAAACCUGUUCGCUUCUGUGGGCUGUAAGGACACUUAUGAUGCCACCCCCACCUUGACGCAUGGUCUCUGCCCAGGUGAGGAAGGCAGGCCGUUACAACGCACUGCCGCAGCUGCCACAGCACCCAGCCCCGCCGCGGGCCAAAGCACAGCAGGGUCUGAGAUGAGCGCCGAUCUGCGC